AUGGACCCUGUGGGGGCAGACCCCUCAGCGCACCCAGGCCCUCUGACUCACCUAAGCCUGCCGGACAGCUCGGAGGCGCGGCCGCAGAGCGGAGCCGACGGGCGGAGCCUCCCGGGCAGUUGGACCAGGUCAUCCCCAGAGCCCGCCGCGGUCCUGAGGGAAGGUGUGCGCCAGUGCCUACAGCAACAGUGCGAGCAGACGGUGCGGAUCCUGCACGCCAAGGUGGCCCAGAAAUCAUAUGGAAAUGAGAAGCGGUUCUUCUGCCCCCCGCCCUGUGUCUACCUCGCAGGUCCCGGAUGGAGGGUGAAGCCAGUGCAGGGCCAAGCCCACCAGGCAGGGGAGACCGGGCCCAUCGUCUGCGGUUACAUGGGACUGGACGGCGCGUCCGGCAGCGCUGCCGAGACGCAGAAGUUGAAUUUCGAAGAGCAGCCGGACUCCAGGGAAUUCGGUUGCGCCAAGACCCUGUACAUCUCGGACGCAGACAAGAGGAAGCACUUCCGGCUGGUGCUGCGGCUAGUGCUCCGAGGGGGGCGAGAGCUGGGCACUUUCCACAGCCGCCUCAUCAAGGUCAUCUCCAAGCCCUCGCAGAAGAAGCAGUCGCUGAAAAACACCGACCUGUGCAUAUCCUCGGGCUCAAAGGUCUCCCUCUUCAACCGCCUGCGCUCCCAGACGGUCUCCACGCGCUACCUCUCUGUGGAGGAUGGGGACUUCGUGGCCAGUGCACGCCAGUGGGCUGCCUUCACUCUCCACCUGGCUGAUGAACACUGUUCCCAGGGAGACUUCCCGCCUCGAGAGGGCUAUGUCCACUACGGCUCCCUGGUGCAGCUGAUCUGCACAGUCACGGGCAUCACGCUACCUCCAAUGAUCAUCCGCAAAGUAACUAAACAGUGUGCGCUCCUCGACGUGGAUGAGCCCAUCUCCCAGCUGCACAAGUGUGCAUUCCAGUUCCCAGGUGGUCCUCCAGGAGGGGGUGGCACCUACUUAUGUCUCGCCACAGAGAAGGUGGUGCAGUUUCAGGCCUCCCCCUGCCCCAAGGAGGCGAACAAGGCGGUGCUCAACGACAGCUCUUGCUGGACCAUCAUCGGCACCGAGUCAGUGGAAUUCUCCUUCAGCACCAGCCUGGCGUGUACCCGGGAGCCUGUCACUCCGGUGCCCCUCAUCAGCACCCUCGAGCUGAGUGGCGGGGGCGAUGUGGCAACACUGGAGCUCCACGGUGAAAACCUCCACGCGGGGCUCAAGGUUUGGUUCGGGGAAGUGGAGGCCGAAACCAUGUACAGGAGCCCGCGGUCCCUAGUGUGCGUGGUACCAGACAUAGCCGCCUUCGGCAGCGACUGGCGCUGGCUGCGCACACCCAUCACAGUGCCCGUGAGCCUCGUGCGUGCCGACGGCCUCUUCUACCCCAGCGCCUUCUCCUUCACCUACACCCCGGAGUACAGCGUGCGGUCCGGGCCUCCGGGUGCCUCUGCGCCCGCCGCUGAUGCUGAUGCGCUCCUGGAGAGCAUCCAUCACGAAUUUACACGCACCAACUUCCACCUCUUCAUCCAGACGUAG